AUGAGAGUGCCACGUGGCAUUGGUCUUGUGUUCAUGGUAGCGGUGGCCGCCGCAUUGGUGGCCGGUCUUAUCCUGACCAUUGUCCUUGUCAGUCGACCCAGUGCAGCUCCGACCUCCGACGAUGGUCGUGUCAUAAACGUGGGCCUUUGCAAUUCAAAUUUAGAAGAGCCUCAGCAAAGUUUUCGAUUUAAACGAGAUGUUGAUUAUUCUGCUUGCAACUUCACCUCGAACAAGAAUCAACUAAUGAAAUUUAUCGAAAGCACAACGGACGAUGUAAAUUUCAAAUUGAUUUCGUAUUCGGAUUCGGCAACAAAAAGUUCUUUAAUCAGUAAAAAACAAGUUCUCGCCCAACUGACAGCAUUGGGAACUCAACAGUCUUCAACAAUCAAGCAAUCAACAGCAUUUAACAAAUAUGAUCCGGCAGAGUACAAAAAUUCAGAUUUAGUAUUUUUCACUCCAUGCAAAACUGACUACCAGGGUUAUGCUGAUGAUAUGAAAACUGUGCAAGACACAAUCAAAACUAAAGUGGUGGAAAAGAAAUAUGUCAUUGUAUCGUUAGCGAUGAAUACCACACAAAUGAAACAACAGCGAUGUAUCUCAAGAUAUCAACCACGUCUUGAACCUUCCAGUGUCAACCACCACUUCAACUACCCGAGCACAGAUGAAUACCACCGUAGUCAUGACAACGCAAGCGGCAACAACCACCGUACCCGUAACAACAACCGUACCAGUAGUCUCAAGUUCAGCAGCUCCUAUGUCGUCGAGCACUCAAGCUCCACCAAAAACUACGCCAACUACUGUAACUACGAAACCCACUUCACCAACUACUGUGACAGUGCCCACUGUGCCAACUACAGUAACCAUUCCAACUACAGUGACCACGCCAACUACAGUGACCAUGCCAAGUACAGUAACCAUGCCAAGUACAGUGACCACGCCAAGUACAGUAACCAUGCCAAGUACAGUGACCACGCCAAGUACAGUAACCAUGCCAACUACAGUGACCACGCCAAGUACAGUGACCAUGCCAAGUACAGUGACCACGCCAAGUACAGUAACCAUGCCAACUACAGUGACCACGCCAAGUACAGUGACCAUGUCAAGUACAGUGACCACGCCAAGUACAGUAACCAUGCCAAGUACAGUGACCGUGUCAUCAACAGUGACCGUACCAACUACAGUGACCACGCCAAGUACAGUGACCAUGCCAACUACAGUAACCACGCCAAGUACAGUGACCACGCCAAGUAUAGUGACCACGCCAAGUACAGCGACCGUGUCAUCAACAGCAACCACGCCAACUACAGUGACCACGCCAAGUACAGUGACCGUGUCAUCAACAGUGACCGUACCAACACAAGCGAGUUCAACAACUGGCCCCAGCUCUACCAACCCAACAUCCAUGAUCCAUCAGUAUCAACUAGUCCGGUAGUGUCUAGCUCCACUGUUCCAAGUUCAACUGUCACAUCACCAAAUCCAUCAAGCUCAUCAUUGCCACCAGUCUCUAGUUCAACAAAUGGACCAUCAACAUCUUCGGGAACAGUUUCCAGUUCAGUUGUAUCUACUGGUUCAACUUUCACCACCCAACCACCUUCGACUGCCACUGGAUCGACAUUUGGAUCCACUGUAACCGUAGUUCCUGGCUCAUCAUCUUCACCUGGCAUGUCAACUACCCCGCCCACAAUUCCAUCUACAAUUACUUCUGGAUCUACCAUGCCAGGAUCCUCAAGUUCACCUGUCUCUACUGCUUCACCUGGAUCUACAAUGACUUCUGGAUCUACCAUACCAGGAUCUUCGAGUUCGCCUCUCUCUACUGUUUCAACUGGAUCUACAGUUUCUUACUCUACCGGUUCCACAAUCACGGACAAUGGAUCAUCCAGUUCAUCUGUUUCUACAGUGACCCCGUUAUCAACAGCAACUUCUGGAUCUCCUCCAACAUCUGUCUCUCCUGCUUCGAGCCAAUCCACCAUGGCAUCGUCUACAGUAACCUCAGGUAGUAGCAGUGGAACAAGUCCCUCCCCAUCCCCCUCGUCCCAGUCCUAUUCCUCUAGUACUAACCCCUCAUCCCCUGGAUCAUCGACAACAGGACAACUGACGACAUCUGGAAGUACGGUAUCAUUUGGCUCCACCACAGAGGUAUCAACGGUCACUCCAGGAUCCUCAUCUUCAUCUGGAAGCAGCACAAGUCCAGCAUCAACGACACAAUUCACUGGAUCCACUCAAUCACCUGGCACGUCUAGUUCAAUUUCAUCUCAAUCCACAGGUAGCUCCAUUGGAAGUACCUCCCCUAACCCAUCCAGUUCCCAAUCCACCCCACCCCCCUCCUCACAAUCAACAAGUUCAGUGCAAACAUCUUCAGGAUCAUCAGUUUCUACAAACUCCGUGGAGACAUCGACAGGAACUUCACCAAUAUCCACAAGCACCGGAACAACUGGACCGAGCACUUCAUCUGGAUCGACUCAGACCCCAGGAUCCUCAACAUCACCACCAUCAACUGUAUCGACUGCAUCCUACACCGGAAGCACCUUAACCUCUGGACCCAGUACAUCAGGUAGCUCAUUCUCGACUUCCUAUCCAUCCAGUUCCCAAUCCACCCCAUCCCCCUCCUCCCAAUCAACAAGUUCAGUGCAAACAUCCUCAGGAUCAUCAGUUUCUACAAACUCCGUGGAGACAUCGACAGGAACUUCACCAAUAUCCACAAGCACCGGAACAACUGGACCGAGCACUUCAUCUGGAUCGACUCAGACCCCAGGAUCCUCAACAUCACCACCAUCAACUGUAUCGACUGCAUCCUACACCGGAAGCACCUUAACCCCAGUGCCCAGUACAUCAGGUAGCUCAUUCUCGACUUCCUAUCCAUCCAGUUCCCAAUCCACCCCAUCCCCCUCCUCCCAAUCAACAAGUUCAGUGCAAACAUCUUCAGGAUCAUCAGUUUCUACAAACUCCGUGGAGACAUCGACAGGAACUUCACCAAUAUCCACAAGCACCGGAACAACUGGACCGAGCACUUCAUCUGGAUCGACUCAGACCCCAGGAUCCUCAACAUCACCACCAUCAACUGUAUCGACUGCAUCCUACACCGGAAGCACCUUAACCUCUGGACCCAGUACAUCAGGUAGCUCAUUCUCGACUUCCUAUCCAUCCAGUUCCCAAUCCACCCCAUCCCCCUCCUCCCAAUCAACAAGUUCAGUGCAAACAUCCUCAGGAUCAUCAGUUUCUACAAACUCCGUGGAGACAUCGACAGGAACUUCACCAAUAUCCACAAGCACCGGAACAACUGGACCGAGCACUUCAUCUGGAUCGACUCAGACCCCAGGAUCUUCAACAUCACCACCUUCAACUGUAUCGACUUCAGCCUACACCGGAAGCACCUCAACCCAAGGACCCAGUACCUCAGGUAGCUCAUUCUCAACUUCCUACCCAUCUAGUUCGUCCCCAAAAUCUUCAGUUAGUACUUCUGAGGGUUUCACCAUGUCCUCUACAUCCCCUGGUUCAUCCCAAUCAACAACUUCCUCUCAGUCUAGUACAACAGGAGUCUCUUCUAGUAUAGCGUCUACUGUAACAAGUUACUCCUCUACAUCCCCCCAGUCCACAUCAUCAGAAGGUAGUACUACAGUAGUAUCCACAGUAACAGGAUUUUCAUCUUCUUCCUUGUCCCCGUCCCCGUCCCAAUCUACUACUCCUGGAGUAUCCACAUCAACUGGUACCACCCAGUCCCCUGGAACUUCAACAACAGGUUUUAGCACAUCUGAGAGAUCCACAGUAACAGAAUUUUCAUCUUCAUCUCCCAACACUCUCCAAUCCACGUCCCCAUCCCUUCCCACCACAUCAGGAGUGUCUACAUCAGUUGGUAGCUCUUCAUCCCCCGGAUCAUCCUCCACCGUAGUCAGCACUACUUCAGGCUCCACAAUUACUGAUCAAUCCUCGUCUUUAACAACUGGAGGGUCCACUGCAUCCACUAGUGCCUUCACCGGCUCCACUACAUUGCAAGGAUCUUCCACCACUGGACAAUCCACGCCAGCCACAAGUACCGGCUCCACUAUGACACCCGGAUCAUCCACAACUGGAGAAUCCACUGCACCCACUAGUGCCUACACCGGUUCCACUAUUUCGCAAGGAUCAUCCACAACUGGAGAAUCCACAGCAUCCACUAGUGCGUACACCGGUUCCACUACAUCGCAAGGAUCUUCCACCACUGGACAAUCCACGCCAGCCACAAGUACCGGCUCAACUAUGACACCCGGAUCAUCCACAACUGGAGAAUCUUCUGCAUCUACUAGUGCCUACACCGGUUCCACCACAUCGCAAGGAUCUUCCACCACUGGACAAUCCACUGCAUCGACUAGUGCGUACACCGGUUCCACUAUGACACCCGGAUCUUCCACCACUGGACAAUCUACUGCAUCCACCAGUGCGUACACCGGUUCCACUACGUCGCAAGGAUCUACCACCACUGGAGAAUCCACUGCAUCCACUAGUGCGUACACCGGUUCCACUACUUCGCAAGGAUCUUCCACCACUGGACAAUCCGCAGCAUCCACUAGUGCGUACACCGGUUCCACUAUGACACCCGGAUCUUCCACCACUGGACAAUCCACUGCAUCCACCAGUGCGUACACCGGUUCUACUACAUCGAAAGGAUCUUCCACCACUGGACAAUCCACUGCAUCCACUAGUGCCUUUACCGGUUCCACUACGUCGCAAGGAUCUUCCACAACUGGAAAAUCCACUGCAUCCACUAGUGCGUACACCGGUUCCACUACAUCGCAAGGAUCUUCCACCACUGGACAAUCCACUGCAUCUACUAGUGCCUACACCGGUUCCACUACGUCGCAAGGAUCUUCCACCACUGGACAAUCCACUGCAUCCACUAGUGCGUACACCGGUUCCACUACAUCGCAAGGAUCUUCCACCACUGGACAAUCCACUGCAUCCACCUUCACUGAGUUCUCAUCAACAACUUCAGGUAGUUCGCUUUCCCCCGCCGCCUCAAGCUCACCAGGUACUUCCGUGACUAGCACGGUAGCCUCAUCCCCCAUUUCCACUACCAGCCCCGCCCAAUCAACUCCCAGUGGUUCCACUGGAACUACAGCUAGCUCUGGAUCCACAGACACUCCCCACUCUACUACCCCAAUCGGUUCUUCAACAUCUGAAGAAUCUACAGUAUCCCAGUUUACAACUAACUCCCCAGCUUCCACUAGCCCCUACUCCUCAACAGCUGGACCCCAAACUGGAACAUCAGGUAGUUCCUCAUCCCCGGCCCCUACUUCUCAAAAAACUUCCCAAUUUCCUGGUACCUCCCAAUCAACCACCCGAUCCCCAACUAGUACGCCAGUAACCGAAAACUCAUCAACUUCCCCGUCCCAAUCCACUCCCCAUUCUUCAACGUCUGAGAUUUCUAGUACAGUAGCGUUAUCGACAUCAUUAGGUAGUUCUCAGUCCCCAGGAACAUCUACUUCCAUGACUAGUACCUCGGAAGGUUCCACAACUAGUGGUCACACCACUGGUUCAACAAGUGUCUUUACUGGAAGUACAGUAACCACAGGAUCAUCAUCAACAUCUGAAAAAUCUACUUUGACCACUGUUGGUGGUUCAACUGGUUCAACUAGUACUUUCACUGGAACUACAGAAAAUUCUGGAACAUCGACAUUAUCUGGAUCAACAGAAACCACAGUAACUGUUAGAUCUUCCGGUACCACUACCCCCGCAAGUUCAACAUCUGAAGGAUCAACCAUAACAACAAGUGUUGGUUCCACAGUUACAUCUGGAACUUCGAUAUCAUCUGGAUCAACAGAAACAACGCAACCAUCCGGAUCAUCAAUUUCCACGUCUUCAGCUGCAUCAUCAUCUGAAGGGUCUACUCUAACUACGAUUACCGGUUCAACAAAUGCUUUCAUUGGUAGCACGGCAACAACAGAGUCUGUCGGAACAACAGGUACCUUAUCUUCUACUUCAUUCAGUUCUUCAUCUACAACUGAAGGAUCUUCUGUGACUAGCACAGUAUCCUCUACUCUUAUUUCCUCGUCCAAAACUUCAACUCCGUCUAUUAGCUCCUCUCAGUCUAGUUCUCCAGUUAUGUCCUCUAGUUCUGUCCACACUUCCCCUUCCACUUCUUCAGUAGGAUCUACUGUUAGUAGUGGGUCCACGAGUCCAUCCGUCACAUCAACAGCUUCUUCUGGAACAACAAUGUCUAGCCCCGCAUCUGAAGGUUCGACGACCUCAUUAGGUUCCACUACCACAGUUAAAACUAAUACUGAUAGCGCUGGAACAACUGCUUCUACGAUUUCAUCAAGUUGGUCCACAAAGUUAUCAGGAUCCACCACAACCAUAGCUUCUACUUCUGGAACCCUAGAAACAACUAAACCCACUUCAGCUUCAAGUUCCCCAACAUCAUCGUUAGGAACCACCACUACCGUAGCUCCUACUUCUGGUACCCCAGGAACAACUGAACCCACUUCAGCUUCUAGUUCCCCAACAUCAUCGUUAGGAACCACCACUACCAUAGCUCCUACUUCUGGUACCUCAGGAACAACUGAACCCACUUCAGCUUCUAGUUCCCCAACAUCAUCGUUAGGAACCACCACUACCAUAGCUCCUACUUCUGGUACCCCAGGAACAACUGAACCCACUUCAGCAUCAAGUUCCCCAACAUCAUCGUUAGGAACCACCACUACAGUAGGAACAACGUCUAGCAGUUCAGGUACAACUGGAUCCACUAGUGGAACACGUGGUCCAACAACAUCGUCAGCGUCAACUGUUACCGUAGCCUCAACUUCUGGUAGCUCAAGCACAACGGAAACAACAAGUGGAUCUCCUAGCCCAACUUCGACCACAGAUGGAGCCUCUUCUGCUAGUCUUGGAACAACAGGUAGUUCUUCAACAACUUCAGUUGGUUCCUCUUCCCCAAUUGUGACCAGUACCCCAAACCCCACUUCUCAAUCAACAAAAGCCGGUAGUUCGAGUACAGUAGCCUCUACAGAAACCGUUUCUACAACAUCAGGUGCAUCAUCAUCGGUGGCUAGCUCAUCUCAGUCUUCCGGAACAUCCAGCACUUUAAUAUCCACUUCUACAGGUUUCACAACCAGUGGUUCACCCACUAGCCAGUACAGUUCAACAUCUACAUUGCCAGAUGCCACUUCCACCAGCGCUCCUGGAACUUUAACUACCGGAGGGUCCACUUAUACAACUGUUACAAGAGAAACGUCCUCUGUCACCAGUAACAUCGGAUCUACAUUAACCACACCCAGUACUUCUAGUUCCUCAGUAAAUAGUAGCCCAAGUUCAUCAAGUAUCUCAACUUCCCUCAGUACCGCAGCCCCUCCAUCUAGCUCCUCCCUUUCAACCACCACUCCCAAAACUUCCUCUACAACAUCUGAAAACUCCCAAACAAGCUCAAGUGGAACAACUGCUACUGUAUCUACUGAUGGAACAUCAUCAGGGACUACUGUAGUAGUGAAAUCUAGUACAUCGUCGACUAGUUCAUCAGUUGGAUCUACCAGUCCUCACACUGGAUCCACGAUGGCUUCAACAUCAGGUACCUCACAUGAAACCACUAUCAUAUCCUCGAGUCCGUUGAAUUCCGUUAGUACUACACCAUCACCAAGUAGUAGUAUCAUUUUAACAAGUCCGUCAAGUGUGACAACAGAAUAUGUCAGUACCAUAGUUCCAAAUGAUUCAAGUUCCACUUUGUCCGCCCAGACUUCUUCCCCGUUAUCGUCAACUUCAGAGUUCACAGUGAUCAUCACAAAUUCAUCUCCGUCCCCCACGUUAUCAUUUGAAUCCUCAUCAGUGUCCACAGAAAAUUCUAUGUCUACUAAUACUGCGGAAUUCACAACACCUUCAGAAACUACAAAUAGUCCAGUGUCCACCAUUCGAUAUGAUAGCUCCCCGAGGUCAUCUCCGGAAGGCUCUAGUACUACAGUACCCACACUGUCAAGUUCUAUCGUUUUUACUUCCGCCAGUCUACCAACUAAACUGACAACUGAUUCAUCUUCAAAUAACCCCUCCUCUUUGAUCACGCAGCUUUCAUCAUUUUCGACUGAAAAUUCGAAAUCUACUAGCCCUAUAGUAUCCUCAACUUUCAUUUCAAGUUUUUCCAUUGAUGAUUCCACAACUAUCGGUAGUACGUUUUCCAUGUCUUCAGUAACUGAUACAAUCACCCCAUCAUCUCCCCAACCAACCUCAACUCCUUCAACCUCCCCUUCUGCUUUGUUAACAACCUCUGCUCUAUCGAGUUCAUCUCAACAAACUGAGGUGACCAGUGAAUCUACUUCAUCUUCUGCCACACCUUCGUCUAUUACCUCAACCCUGUCAUCCCAAAGUUUUGUAAGCAGUACCCUUACUAUCCCCAUCGUGUCUACAUCAUCUCAAAGAACUAUGACUCCCUCCACCUCAUUAUCAACGGCGCUCAGUUCCUCUAGCUCUUCAUCUACAACCAUUUCUAUAUCGACCGCGUCAUCCAAAUCAACAGAGUCCUCCCCGUCAACUGUAUCUAGUUAUUCAUCUUCUAUUUUCGCUACUUCUGAAUCGAAACCCUCUUCUUUGUCUUCCCAAAGUACAGUAACGAGUCCUAUAGCGUCCACCUCAUCUCAAGGCUUUAUGACUCGCCUAUCCAGUCUAUCCAGUCCCUCAACCCAAUCCGAGCCUACCACUCCAUUCAUUUCUACCAGUUCAACUAGUCCAACUGAACGAUCUACAGAAAAUUCAUUGACUAGUACUACUUGGCUCCUAAGUUCUUCUUCAACGUCACCUCUAUUAAUGUCCACGUCCACUUCUAAGUCAAUCCAAAGUGUAGCUACCAGCGAAGUAACAAAUUCUGCGACAACAAGUCUAUCAUCCUCCAUUUCUAGCUCCUCAGCCCCUAACUCCCCAUCAACCCCACAGUCUACGUCCACUCCCACUCCCAGUACCCUUCCUUCCCUAUCAUCUAGUCCCCAAACCUCUCUGAGUACUACCGUCUCCCCAAUUUCGACUACCACGUCUUUAGAAUCAUCUACUAAAACAUCCAUGUCUAGUUCCUCUGUCCCCAGUUUUACCCUUUUAUCAUCGUCCCCGAGCUCCACUUUAGAAUCAUCCACUCCUUUCGAAGUAACUUCUACAACCAAAAGUACUGCCUUUAUGACAUCUUUAGAAACUUCUACUUUUAGUCCCCCAACCUCUUUAAUUACUUCAUCUGAACCAAAAUCAUUGUCUACUGGUUCUUCAUCUUCUACAUUCAUCUCAACUUCAACAGUUACUCAGACCUCUCCCCAAAAUUCUGAAUUUUCUAGUUCUCUAACGGAAUCUCCCAUGAGCUCGACCAUUCCCCCGUUCACAUCAUCCGAAACAUCGAGUUCCACAGUAGUCGAAAGUUCUACAGUACCCUUUUCAACCAAUUCUUCACCUAGCUCGACGCAGAUUGUGGAGCUAACUACAUCAGAAGUCACAAGUACUAAAGAAAUGGUUAAGACCAGCAUCUCAGAAAACAUAGUGACAAGUAGUUCGGUAACAUCCACUCGCAGUUCUGCAGUUUCUUCUUCGGAAUCAUUCACUUCCAUCCCAACUUCAAUGGGAACUGUAAGUACUGAUUCUACAGUAUCCCACCAUUCGUCUUCUGCCAGCAGUACUGUAACUACUAUUACUACAUCUGACAGGUCUUUAUCUUCUACAGUAACCCAGACAUCUUCUAGCCCCACUAGCAUCAACCAAAGCUCUCGAAAUACAGUCUCAUCUACAAAUACCAUAUUUUCUUUGUCUAAUAAAACACCCACGUCCCCAACAAUGACUACUACUAGUGCGAGCUCAGUUAAUCCUACCUUUGAAACCAAAACUUCAUUCAAAACCGCAUUUCCCAGUACCGUAUCCUCACCUCUUACCAGUAUCGAUACCCUAUCCUCUUUGACUACAACCCAAAUCCCUCCCAGUACUCUAACCACCAUGUUAACAUUAUCAAUAUCAACAUCGACGGAAUCAACAGCCUCAUCAAUUGCAACAACUUCAAAGUCUAUUCCCAGUGUGACAUGCUUGUUUAUGGUCGAUUUACAAUCUGCAGGAAUAGAUCAAGCUGCCAUCACUACCUAUCGAUCAUACUUCAACUUUGCUCAACUAACCGCAGAAAAAUUAAACGACGCUUCUGAUUUCUCUGGGUAUUUGGACACAUUUGGUUAUAACAAAGCCUUACCCGAUCAUGAUUCAUAUGAAGUUCAAAAUUAUUCGCUUUUCAAGAAUGUUGCAUUCCCAAUUGAUAAUACAAAUGAUGAUAUCGAUCUAGAUUUGGCAGAUGUAAAUUCAAAGCUCACUACAGCUGUUUGGUUGACAGCAACCAAUAAGCAAACAUGCCUAGUUUUCUACUCGGCUGCACCAGUAGCAGAAUAUAAUGGCACCACAAUCCAGACAACGUACAAUAGUUUCACUACAGUCAUUGGAGUGCGUAUAGGAGGAGCUACAUCCAUCCCAGGUUUAGCGGACUCCAUCGAUGCCUCCUCAAUGACCGAUGGUGAUGCACAAGCGAUUGUAACAAAACUUCUGGAAAGCCUCCCUCCAACAUGA